ACGCGAGAGCGAGGCAAAGUGUAAGGAAGACGGUUGUUGGUGGGGAGGAGACAGUGAUCGUGCAUGCCACCGAGCACAGUUCGAAAGCAACCUUCGUCAUGAUCGCGUCAGCUUGCCUCUAGCUGCCCCACCUCUUCGCGCGCGUGUUUCGACUAUAUAGCCUCGCGGUGGACACAUCCGUUCCACCACUUUUCCGUCCCACGUUUUCUCCUCUCCGAGCAUGCUGCUCGCCCGCUCGGCGACGGAGUCCACUCGUUGAGGAAAAAUCCCUUCUCGCGAGAAGAAGAAGAAGAAGAAGGAUUUGGAGGAAAGUCGCGGAAAGUGUGGAAAGGAUUAUUCGUGAGUGGUUCCCUUUGUUCGAGUCGAGUACGAAUCACGAUUCGAUUCGUUGGCGAUACGAAUUUCCAAGAUCCAAAUGUGAGCGAAGAAGGAGGAAGAUCGAGAGAGAUCCGGAUGAAAGUGGGGCACGACGAGUAUAACGGUGAACGAUGUGAGGAAAGAUCGAAGCCGGGUGGAAAAAUCGAAGGCGAUCGAUCGAUCUGGGUGGAAGAAGGCGGCCUUUUGUGAAGAUGGCCGUGGCCGGGUCGUGGAGGAUCGGCGAUAACGGAAAGAGGAGAGUGUCGUGGAGCGGGCUCGAGCGUGAUCGCGCGAUGGUAUGGUCGGUGUCUCUGUGCUGUUUGGUAUUUCUGGUUGGUAAGGUGGAGAGUGCACCGCCCGGGAUAUGCGCGAUGGACGGGUGCAACUGCACCGUCAAGGCACACCGUUGGAUUAACGUCAAAUGCGUCUUCUCCAACGACCAGGACGUGGAAUUACUGGAGGGGACGAUCCCAUCGGAGGCGAUGGAAGUCGAGGUCUCUCAUUGCAGGGAGUUGAGGAUCCAAUCGGGCGCUUUCGCGGAUGGAGCACCUUUGAAACGGGUUCACGUGUCCGGGAUCUACAGCCUGGUCGCGAAGAGGCAGGCGUUUCAGAACUUGAGCGCCCCUAACACGCAUCUCGAGGUGUCCGAGUGCAACAGCGUGAUCCUCGAAAGUCACGCGUUCAGGAACUCGCGGGGGACGCUGAGCGUUUCGAUAUCCAGAUGCAGGAACGUAGGGAUCAAACCGAACGCGUUCUCCAGGCUGCUCUGGAUCACCGUGAGGGAGGUGCCUACCCUCGACCUGUCUAGCAACGCGUUCAAACUCGAAGCUUCUCAACACGGAAGGCAUGGACCAGCGACCAAGAUUAUGUUCCAAAGCGUGAGAAUUACGGAGUUGCCGACAGCGGUGUUCCCAUCGGCGGUUGCCGAGGUCCGCAUGGACGAUAUCUGGACAAAGGUGAUACGCAAGAACGCUUUCUGCGCCAUGACGAUCUUCAGCGUGACCAUAAGCAACGCGUCGAUUCUGGAGAUCGAGACUGGAGCGUUUAGCGACAGAGCGUUAAUCCACAGCCUCGAGUUCGUCGACGUCAGGUUGAAGAGUAUAGAGAGAGGAGCCUUCCGGGCCGGCCACGACAACCUCACCAUACAAUAUUCAAGACUGUCCGAGGUGGAUACAGGCGCCAUCGACAUAUCCGCCGCUACCGUCAGCUUCAACAACAACGAAUUCCUGAACCUGCACCAAGGCGCGAUCGUCCUCCACCAGUGGAACCACAUAGCCAUCGAUUACAAUCUGUUCGUCGAGUUGGAGACGGACGCGAUCACGGCCGAGGUGGACGCGACCUCGGCCCCCAACUUCGAGUUCUCGUUCACGGGGAACCACGUGGAGAAGGCGAGGCCUGGCUCCUUGAAAUUCGCCGCGAUCUCGCAACGGGUGAACACGGCCAGGGUCGGUAACAAUUACUUCAAGGAGCAGUGCAGAUGCGGCCUGGACAAUUGGAUACGCGAGGUGACGGGGAAGAACAGCUCCGUCUCGUGGAUGAUGGACUCGAGUUUCUGCGUGGUCGAUCAACUUCUGGACAAGUGCUUCAAUCUGCCCCAGGGCUACAUGUCCAUGAGAAACUUCACCAGGAUCAUUUGCGCGCCCGGGGAUCACAUCGUUUGCGAGAAACCGUCCGCGAAACCGGAGCCGACCGUCAGCCCGCCGAGCGUCGGCCCCCACGUCUACCCGAGGCACAAGGGUUACUUCGACGUGGAGAUGAGCGAUUCCGACCAAUUGCAACGCGAGAAGAGGAUCAUCGUGGUGAUCUGCGUGCUGGCCGUCUUCGUCGUCUUGGUCGUAAUCCUCACCUCCGGAAUAUUGUACAUGCGUCGAAGCGGCGUCUGCCCCAAGCUAACCUCCGGCCACCUCGCGAAUCUCACCGGCUGGUUGUCGGCCAGCGGUGGAAUGACGGCAGCCACUUCCGCCAGGUCGAUAUCCAGGUUAAGCGUGCACGAGUACGCGGGCCUUCAACCGGAGACGCGGAUCCUCGACGUGGAAACGUCCCAGGCGGAGGAGGGGACGGAGGAGGAGGAGGAGGAUGAGGAGGAGGGGGAGGGGGAGGAGGGGGCUGCCGAGGGAUUGUACCAGCCUUACACCGAGAACAAGGCCACGCAAACGUUGCCCGAGGAGUUGACCGAGGAGUACCUGAGGGAUCUGAGGGAGAGGCUGAACGAUCCUGACAAUUAUAAUCAGGCGAGGGACAUGAUAGAGCACCUGUACGAUCUGAUCAAGGUGGAGGAGAGUUGCAACAACAACAACAACAACAACAACAACAACAACAACGAAAACGACAACGAUCGGCAACGAGCAUCGGGGAACAGAGGGGAGGAGAACGCGUACGACGUGAUCGAGCCUAGGCAGAGGAGAUUGAGGGGAGCGGGCAGCAGCAAGCCGUCCGUGAGCGUGGGUACGAAAGCGCCCUCGUUGGAAAAGCUGUUGCCGAGCGGAAUACAGGCUAGGCCGCCUCUCACCGAGUACACCGAGCCACGCGAUCGAAGGGCCAACGAGCAGAAUCACCUGUACGCCGAGCUACCCGGCGACGAAACCGUGCCCAGCACCAGCCGACUCUCCCAGCCGAUCCUCGCGACCUUGGCCGGAAGAGCGCCUCAACCGUUGCCACCGGACGUGGUCAACGAUCAUCUUCUCGUCGAGCAUCGUCGCUCGGCCGAGAAUCGAGAUCCGAGGCCACCGCCUUUGGAUUCGAAGCUCGAACCCCCUUCGAGGAAUCAGGGCAGACCUAUGAGCUUCUUGAAGGCUCUGGGCGAGACUAUCCUCGGCGGGUCCAAGUCGACAAGCGGCGGUGGCAACAACAACAACAAUAACAACAACAAUAACAAAAGGCCCAACUCGUUGCUGUGCGAAUACGCCGAGCCGUCAGACGCGACUGCCCACUUGUACUCCGAGCUACCCGAGCCGCAAACCUCCGCUCCAACGAGCAAGAUGGCGAACAGGCCAUUACCCACCAAACCCGACCAAGAUUCCGUGAACGUGGCGAGGGCAUAACGAACGCCCUUCGUCGAUUGUCUGUGAUAAUAAGUAGAGCGCGAGAGUUGCGAGAGACUAUUUUGUUCGCUAUUGUUCGCGUAAAUCGUGCUCUCUCUCUCUCUCUCUCUCGUUUCUUUUCCUAAUAAUUUUCGUUCGUCGAGCAACGAUGAAUUCGCGCGAGAAUCCGAGCGCGUUUCGAGUCGAGUCUCGUCGGGAAGAAACGUCGAACAGUGCCAAUAAGGAUCGAUUAAUUUUUUAACGGUAUUAGUUUAAUAUGCUUUUGUAA